GCUGCGUGCGGUCGUGCCUGUUACGAGAAUUCGAGUGAUUUGCGUCGUGUGUUUUGCCAAAUAAUUAUUAAAUUAAAAGCACUUUAAACGCUUUCAUUGCAUUCAUUUACCAUAAAUUAUCUUGAUUGCAACUCGAAAUGUCGACGAGCGAAGCGCUGUACAAUCGUCCCGGCCCCAAUCGCCUACGGCCAUCCGAUGUCUAUCGUACCGUAGAUCCCACACAGGCGGUGAAAAUCCGUAUGCAAAAGGAGGGACUGGGGGCUGAGGAGCCCAUCUCUAUACCCGGUCUGCUGAAACGCACGGUUAACAACUACCCCGACUACCCGGCGCUGCGCACCAAGAAUGGCAAAAAUGGUUACCACACAGUUACCUUCAGACAAUAUGAGCAAAAAGUGCAUCAGACUGCAAAGGCUUUCAUCAAACUGGGCCUCGAGGAGCACCAUUCGGUGGGCGUGCUGGCCUUUAACUGUGCCGAAUGGUUUUACUCGGCGAUGGGCGCUAUUCACGCACGGGGCAUUAUUGCUGGCAUAUAUACCACAAAUUCGGCUGAUGCUGUGCUGCAUGUGCUGGAGAACUCAAAGGCCCAAAUUGUGGUGGUUGACGAUGCCAAGCAGAUGGACAAAAUACAUUCCAUUAAGGAUAAGCUGCCCCUCCUGAAGGCAGUCAUUCAAACACAGGAGCCCUAUGCCCCCUAUGUAAUGAAAGAGGAUGGCUACUAUAGGUGGUCCGAAAUCGAGGCGAUGAAUGUGAGUGAUGUGGAGGAUGAGUUCAAGCGUCGCCUGGAGAAUAUUGCCAUCAAUGAGUGCUGCUGCCUGGUCUAUACCUCCGGCACAGUGGGCAUGCCCAAGGGCGUGAUGCUGAGUCACGAUAAUAUUGCCUUCGAUACGCGCGCCAUCGUCAAAUCGUUGGAGCGCGUGGUGGCUGGCUCUGAGGCGAUUGUCUCCUAUCUACCGUUGUCGCACGUCGCCGCCCAGACAGUGGACAUCUAUACGGCAGCAUCGAUAGCCUGCUGCAUCUGGUUUGCCGACAAGGAUGCACUCAAGGGCACGCUCGUGAAGUCGCUGCAGGAUGCCCGUCCCACACGCUUCAUGGGUGUGCCGCGUGUCUAUGAAAAGUUCCAGGAGCGAAUGGUGGCCGUGGCUGCAUCGAGCGGCAGCAUGAAGAAAAUGCUAGCCAGCUGGGCCAAAGGCAUCACACUCAAACAUUAUAUGGAGAGUCAAGGAAAGGGCAACGGGGGCCUGCGCUACAAGAUUGCCAAAUCCCUCAUCAUGUCCAAGGUGAAGGAGGCUCUUGGCUUCGAUCGUGCCAUUACCUUGGUAAGCGCUGCCGCUCCCAUGUCGCCGGAAACAAAGAAAUACUUCCUCAGUCUGGACCUGAAGAUUCUGGAUGCCUUCGGCAUGUCGGAGACGGGCGGCUGCCACACGAUUGUGCUGCCCGACUUCAUGCAAUUGAACUCUAUUGGCAAGACCCUGUCCGGCUGCGAGUCGAAGAUCAUUAACAAGGAUAGCAACGGACAUGGGGAGCUGUGCAUACGAGGUCGUCACGUGUUCAUGGGCUACAUCGACAACAAGGAGAAGACCGAAGAGUCGCUGGACGAUGAUUGCUGGCUGCAUUCCGGAGACGUGGGCUACAUCGAUGACAAGGGCUACGUGUACUUGACGGGCCGCUCCAAGGAGAUCAUCAUCACAGCUGGCGGUGAGAACAUUCCGCCCGUGCACAUUGAGAACAUGAUUAAGAAGGAGCUGGACGGUAUUUCCAAUGCCUUCCUGGUGGGCGAGCAGCGCAAAUACUUGACAGUGCUGGUGUCCAUUAAGACGGAAAUGGACAAGGAAACUGGAGCACCGCUAGACGAGCUGACACACGAAUCAUCGCAGUGGAUGAAGUCGCUGGGCGUGGAGCACAAAACGCUCUCUGACAUCCUGAACGCCGGUCCCUGCCCCAAGGUCUGGAAAUCAAUUGAGGAUGGCAUCAAGCGUGCGAACAAGAACUCCAUUUCGAAUGCCCAAAAGGUCCAGAAAUUCGCCAUCCUGCCGCACGACUUCUCCAUUCCCACCGGCGAACUGGGCCCCACCCUAAAGGUCAAACGUAAUGUGGUCGCCAAGCAGUAUACGGAUAUGAUUGAGAAGCUGUACGCCUAAGCUCUGGUGGGAUCCUGCCUUAAAGCUAAACCAAACCAAAUGUUUAUGGCCCAGAAGAGAGCUACUGAAGAGACCCUUGAAUUAAGCUUUAAUACUGAAUUAUGAAUUUAACGGACUCUGAAGCCAUGUUGAGUGCCAAGUUAAUAUUAUUAUAAGGGGUGUAUACCAAUGUUAUCUGUUCGAUAUGUAUACCCCCAUUAGAUGAAGUAGUGUGAUUGAUGUUUGUGGCCAAUUAAAGACGGCGAGUGAAGGAAUCGUAACCUAGGACCAUACUUACUAUCAAGCGUACACUAAUAUGUGUAUACAUUUAGAAAUACUUAAUAUUCUAUACUUUUAGGUGAUAAGUUUUCUUCGUGUUACUACUUACUGAAAUAUUGAGAAAAUGCAUAUACUUUUUCAAAUUUGAAACGAAAAUAGACCAUCAUUUGGAACUAAAA